UUGAAUCAAGCAAAUAGCCAAGUUGCACUGCCUGUUGUUAUCUGGUUCUAUUUCCAGGGCUCUCCUGCACUUCCAGCUUAAGGAGGGUCAGUAAUGUCAGCGCAUCGAAGAAGGGGCCCACCAUGAGAAGCUACAUCCCACUCCAUUCCCAGCGAGACAAACUCCUCGCGCUCUCGGCGCCAUUCCCCCCGACCUCCUCCUCCACGCCCUUCAGCGAAGCUCCACGGCGGUGGUAUCCAUGGUGAAGAGAUCGAUCGAUUGAUUAAGGCCUCGUGUUCUUUCCAGCUGUCUUGGAUCUUGGCUUGAGGUGGUGGUUUCUUGAAUCUUUGGUUUUGUUUGCCGUCUUGGUUUUAUGGAGAAUUCUGAGGGCCGCUCUCGAGGAAACGAAGGCGUUAAGCUGGAUUCCGCCGGCCGGCAGGAUGCUGAUCAAGGUGAAAAUAAUGAAGGGGAGAUCACCCCUACGCCAACUCAUCAUUCCAGACGACCCAACCUUUCGUCCUUACAAAUUCCUGAAAGAAAAUUAGAAAAUACGUUGCCUGCUUCAGUUAGAAUUAAUGUUCCUCCUGUACCAACCCCUUCUUCAACAAGGGCUGGGUUGCCCCCUAGACCUGCUUCUGCAAGGACAAAAUCAUCUACAAAAAAAUUGCUUCCACAAUGGAGCUUCAAGGCAAAAAACACAACCCCAGAGGGUGAUAGGGCCAUUCUUCUGAUUCCAGGUGCACCAACAUCAUCAGGACAGCAGGACAAACCUUCUACAUCAAGGACAUUCUCUCUUCCCAAGGUUUUCUCUGCAGUAUCAGGGAAAUUUACCCACUCUUUACCUUCGACUCCAAUUGGGAACCCAGGUUUGACAACCACACCUGAUGGGCAGGUGGCUGAUUUGCCUGAUUCAGAUAAACAAGAAGUCAAGACGCAUAUAACACGUUCAUUUUCGGUACCAGGAAAUGCAAAACCCCGAACUUUAGGCCGCAUGGAUUCACUAAGUAUGAUUCGUGUUAUCACCCCCCGCCCAGCUGCUGUUGACAAUACCAAUCAAAAUGAUGCCAUAGAAAUAGAUGAUGCAUCUGAACAUGACGGAGAAGAUAUUCCUGAAGACGAGGCUGUUUGUAGGAUAUGUUUAAUUGAGCUUGCUGAAGGUGGCGAAACCCUUAAGAUGGAGUGCAGUUGCAAAGGAGAACUUGCUCUAGCACACCAAGAGUGUGCAAUAAAAUGGUUUAGCAUUAAAGGUAACAAGACAUGUGAUGUCUGCAAGCAAGAAGUUCAAAACUUACCUGUAACCUUAUUGAGAAUACAGAAUUCUCAGGCUGCUAAUAGACGGGCAUCAAAUGCAUUCCAACAAAGGGAUGCUGCUCGAUACAGGGUUUGGCAAGAUGUGCCAGUUCUAGUGAUGGUUAGCAUGCUUGCCUAUUUCUGCUUUCUGGAGCAACUUUUGGUGACUGAUAUGGGCUCUCGUGCACUUGCUAUAUCUUUACCUUUCUCUUGUGUUUUGGGCCUUCUGUCAUCCAUGAUAGCUUCUACAAUGGUGAGCAGGAGUUACAUUUGGGCUUAUGCUUCCUUCCAGUUUGCCAUUGUAAUCCUAUUUGCUCAUAUCUUCUACAAUGUGCUCAGAGUGGCCGCUGUACUGUCGGUCCUCCUUUCCUCAUUCACUGGAUUUGGUAUAGCAAUUAGUACAAAUUCUUUGCUAGUGGAGUAUCUGAGAUGGAGAGUUAGACAAAAUGUUCAAUCAGCACAGCAAAACACUCCGGCACCGCGAAAUGCGCCUGCGCAGCAACAGGAAUCUAGAGGAGGAGAUGAUCCCUGAAGUUGGAAAUGCAGACACUGCUCAGCAACGAGAAACAGGAAGCCAAACGCUGAACAGCACUGCUGUUCCUUAAAAUUGUUCCUAAACCCAAUACGCAGAUAUGUAAAAUAUUUGUAGUGUGAGUUUUCUGGUCGCCCUCUCUCUCUCGCUCUCUCUCGAUGGAGAUCUUUUUAUUUUAUUCUAUUUAGUUUGUGAGAAAAGCCAAGACUAUGGUUGUAUGUACAUAUAUAUAUAUUGAAGGAAAUGGUGAAGUAUAGCCCACCACCACAAUCUUUUGGAUAAUGUGUACAAAAAGGUGGACGGCUCCGCGAGCUGCGUGUUGUAUUGUUGCGCUGUCUGAAGGAACCACAUCCAGGACAAGAUAACAAAAUUAUUGCCUCAAGCUCGGCAGCCCUGAGUAAAAUAUUUCAAAAAUGGGAAGUAAAAUUUGUUCCAUUAGUGAUAAACAUUUGAGUACAUUGAUAACUAAAUUUGACUAGAGUUUGGUGCUUGUUUUUU